AGCGCGGCAUCUGCUGCCUUUUUAAAGCGGGCCUUCGAGUCUUCGCCGCCGUUGUCGCCACCAUGAGUCGCAGCUACAAUGAUGAGUUGCAGUUCUUGGACAAAAUCAACAAAAAUUGCUGGAGGAUCAAGAAAGGCUUUGUGCCUAACAUGCAGGUGGAAGGAGUUUUCUAUGUUAAUGAUUCUUUGGAGAAAUUAAUGUUUGAAGAGUUACGGAAUGCCUGUCGAGGUGGUGGUGUUGGUGGCUUCCUGCCAGCCAUGAAACAGAUUGGCAAUGUGGCGGCCCUACCUGGGAUUGUUCACCGUUCUGUUGGCCUCCCCGAUGUCCACUCGGGUUAUGGAUUUGCUAUUGGGAAUAUGGCAGCCUUUGAUAUGAAUGACCCUGAAGCCGUGGUCUCUCCUGGUGGUGUCGGAUUUGAUAUCAACUGUGGCGUCCGCUUGCUGAGAACCAAUUUAGAUGAAAGUGAUGUUCAGCCUGUGAAGGAGCAGCUUGCCCAGGCGAUGUUUGAUCACAUUCCCGUCGGGGUGGGGUCGAAAGGUGUCAUCCCGAUGAAUGCCAAAGACUUGGAGGAGGCCUUGGAGAUGGGUGUGGACUGGUCCUUGAGGGAGGGCUAUGCCUGGGCUGAAGACAAGGAACACUGUGAGGAGUACGGAAGGAUGCUGCAGGCCGACCCCAACAAGGUCUCCGCCAGGGCCAAAAAGAGGGGCCUUCCGCAGUUGGGGACCCUGGGUGCAGGCAACCACUACGCGGAAAUCCAGGUAGUGGAUGAAAUUUUCAACGAGUACGCUGCUAAGAAGAUGGGCAUCGACCAUAAGGGGCAGGUGUGUGUUAUGAUCCACAGCGGGAGCAGAGGCCUGGGCCACCAGGUCGCCACAGACGCACUGGUAGCUAUGGAGAAAGCCAUGAAGAGAGACAAGAUCAUCGUCAAUGACCGCCAGCUGGCUUGUGCUCGAAUCGCCUCCACCGAGGGUCAGGACUACCUGAAGGGCAUGGCAGCGGCGGGGAACUACGCCUGGGUCAACCGCUCCUCCAUGACCUUCCUGACCCGCCAGGCUUUUGCCAAGGUCUUCAACACAACCCCGGAUGACUUGGACCUGCAUGUGAUCUAUGACGUUUCUCACAACAUUGCCAAGGUGGAGCAGCACGUGGUGGACGGGAAGGAGCGGACGCUGCUGGUGCACAGGAAGGGCUCCACCCGGGCUUUCCCACCCCACCACCCCCUCAUCGCUGUGGAUUACCAGCUCACUGGCCAGCCCGUGCUCAUUGGAGGCACCAUGGGAACAUGCAGUUAUGUUCUGACCGGCACCGAGCAGGGCAUGACAGAAACCUUUGGAACCACCUGUCACGGAGCGGGCCGUGCAUUGUCCCGAGCAAAAUCCCGACGUAAUUUAGAUUUCCAGGAUGUUUUAGACAAGUUGGCAGAUAUGGGAAUUGCAAUCCGUGUUGCCUCACCCAAACUGGUUAUGGAAGAGGCUCCUGAAUCCUACAAGAAUGUGACAGAUGUGGUGAACACCUGCCAUGAUGCUGGAAUCAGCAAGAAGGCCAUCAAACUGAGGCCGAUUGCUGUUAUCAAAGGAUAGAACCUUGGCCACCAGACAUCACUAAGCCCACCGGCCCUGAAGUGGA